AUGGGUCGAAAGAAUGCAGACACCCGUAGUAGUAGUCCGACUACAGCAGCGAUACGGUCAUCACGGCAAAAGAUGGAUAUGUACAAAGUAGCCAUGGAAAAGCAGGACAGGGAGAGGAUGGAGGAGCUGGAGAGGCUCGAGGAGCUCCAACGGGCCCCUAGUAUCGUCGCUGAGGAGUUGCAACAGCAAGACGACUCUACACCCACCCCGAGGACGUAUGAAGAUGACGAGCUCCUUGAGGUUAUACGUGGACAGACCAACCUCUGGCUCAGGAGAAGGCGCAUCCGUUUGAACACUGAUAGCUUUGAUGUGAUCGACAAUUUGGGAUGUGGCAGCUACGGUAAAGUGUUUAGAGUUACUCUUCAUGAUAAGAAUGUUGAACGGGCUAUUCUGGAUGCUGGACCGGACGGUGUUGGAGAGGCAUCAUCAUCAUCGUCAUCCUCGAGUGAAAGACCACCCAAGGAAUUCGCCCUGAAAGUUCUCCCCAAGAAUUACUACCGUUAUAAGAAUGGUUCUUUACAAGUGAUGGCUGAGAGGGAGGCGUUGCUGAAAGGCACCCAUAGCCCUAUGAUAGUCACACUGUAUGCGGCAUUCCAGGACAGGAAUAACCUGUAUAUGCUGUCGGAGCUGGUACCUGCUGGUUCACUGAGACAUCUCAUGCACAGCAAUAAGGAUGCCUUUACCUCUGUGGAUUUGGCCAAGUUUUGUAUAUCAGAGAUUCUGUUGGGAGUGGACGCGGUACAUCGGUUGGGUUUCACACAUCGUGACGUUAAGCCCGAGAAUGUCGUCAUCACAGAGGAUGGUCAUUUAAAGCUGCUGGACUUUGGUCUAUGUGCCGAGAUAGAUGGUCUGCCGGUCCGAGAUGAAGGAGCAAACUGGAGGAGCGAUGCGGCACUCCACUGUUCGUAUACACACUUGUGUGACCUGUGGGCGGUCGGCAUCAUAUUCUUCGAGAUGCUGUAUAAGGAUGUGCCCUUCCGGAAGAGCCCUGAUGGGUUAACUUGCCAUGACAAGAUCUAUGCCUUCCCUCUUUAUCUGAGAAUACCCCCAAAGAAGGCAACUAGUAACCUCAGGCUGUCCGAAGAGUGCAAGGAUGUGCUCGUGGGCCUUCUGACGUGGGAGAAGAGUCGUCUCGACUUUGACAAGCUCAAGGACGCGGCUCUCUUCGAGUCAAUUGAUUGGGAUGUGCAGCAUCGUGCUGAGUCGCCUCUCGUGCCUAUCAUUCGACGUGCUAGUGUAUCGACGGACUCACUCUCUGACUCUUCGCCACCACGUGUUACGCCACGGACCACUCGAUUCAAUUGCAAUGGCUCACCUCUGCCUCGGGCUAAGUCCAAUACUAUUCAUGACACUGACAAGAUACCCAAGACGGUGAAAGCAGUCAAGUGGAUGAGAGAAGAACAACUGUUAUCAUCGUGCCGUCACCUACAGACACUCCCAAGCAUGGUUCGGUUCACCACCGUCGCGGGUUCCCCUGGUGCUUCUGCUGUGGCCCGGCUGGGGGUGGAUAGAUCGGCAAAGAGUUGA